AUGGCGGCGGGCGGGCGGCCGCCUCAGCCCGCGGCCGCGCCGGGCAUCGCGGCCGGCAGCGCCCGCCCCGCCGAGCCCCGGGCGCCCUUCGUCUCGGUGGCAAGGCACUGCCAGGCACAGUUUCCUUUUGGCCGCCGCUUGCCCUGUGAUAUCUAUUGGCAUGGGGUGUCGUUUCAUGACAAUAAUAUCUUCUCAGGUCAAGUCAACAAGUUUCCAGGCAUGAUGGAGACAGUCCGGAAAAUCACCCUGAGUCGGGCCAUGAGAACAAUGCAGGACCUGUUUCCUCUGGAGUAUAACUUCUAUCCUCGGUCCUGGAUUCUGCCAGAAGAACUUCCCCUCUUUGUGGCUGAGGUUCGGGUGAUGAAGGACAGCGAUCCAUCCUGGAAGCCCACUUUUAUUGUGAAGCCUGAUGGAGGCUGCCAGGGGGAUGGAAUCUACCUCAUUAAGGACCCCAGUGACAUCAGGCUGACGGGAAGCAUCCAGAGCCGGCCAGCCGUGGUCCAGGAAUAUAUUUGCAAACCACUGCUCGUGGACAAACUGAAAUUUGAUAUUCGUCUUUAUGUCUUGCUGAAAUCCUUAGAACCCUUAGAGAUUUAUAUAGCCAAAGAUGGACUUUCUAGGUUUUGUACGGAGCCCUAUCAAGAACCCACUUUAAAAAAUUUGCACCAGGUUUUUAUGCACUUAACCAACUAUUCACUAAAUAUCCACAGUGAGAAUUUCAUCCAUUCUGACAGUGUGAACACUGGCAGCAAGAGGACUUUUUCAAGCAUUCUGUGCAGACUGUCUUCCAGAGGAGCUGAUGUCAAAAAGCUCUGGUCAGAUAUAAUUUCACUGGUGAUUAAAACUAUUAUUGCACUGACUCCAGAACUGAAAGUUUACUAUCAGUCUGACAUCCCGUCAGGAAAGCCUGGGCCAACUUGCUUCCAGAUUUUAGGGUUUGACAUUCUCCUGAUGAAAAACUUGAAGCCCAUGUUACUAGAAGUAAAUGCAAACCCCAGCAUGAGAAUAGAACAUGAGCAAGAGCUUUCUCCUGGAGUAUUUGAGAAUGUCCCAAGCCCUGUUGAUGAAGAAGUGAAAGUUGCUGUCAUCAGGGACACUCUGCGCCUGGUGGACCCCCAGAAAAAAAAGAGGAAAGAUGCCCAGUGUCCGCGCUUGGAGCACGUGCCGGAGUCGAGCGAGUCGCUGCCGGAUGCGGUGCCGGCCGAGCGGCCGGAGCCGGACGGUCCCCGGAGCCCCGAGGCCGGCCUGCCCUCCCUCUGCCUCAAGCAGGUGUUCCCCAAGUACGCCAAGCAGUUCAGCUACCUGCGGCUCGUGGACAGGGUGGCCGCGCUCUUCAUCCGCUUCCUCGGGGUCAAAGGCACCACCAAGCUGGGGCCGACGGGUUUCCGGACCUUUAUAAGAAACUGCAAACUGAGUAACAGCAAUUUUUCAAUGGCUGCUGUAGAUAUCCUGUACAUUGAUAUCACAAGGAGGUGGAACAGCAUGGGAAUUGACCACAAAGAAUCAGGAAUGUGUCUGCAGGCCUUUGUGGAAGCUUUCUUCUGCCUGGCUCAGAAGAAGUACAAGUCCCUCCCUCUGCACGAGCAGGUGCUGUCGCUGAUCGAGUUCUGUGAGUGUCACUUGGCUGCCCUGGACGAGAAGCGCCUGCUGUGGGGCUGGGGGGUCCCGGAGCGUCGAGGGGGCACAGGGGGGCCCUGCCAGGCCGAGGGGCUGCACCUCAGCCCAGCUGCUCCAGCCCUCCUGAACCGCACGGCCACGGCCUCCAAACUGGCAGAUUAUAGAACCCAGCGCAAUUAGGCGGGACAGGACUGGGAGCUCCUUCCCAGGUGUGUCCCUGAACUGCUGGGGGAGACACAGGCACUGAAUUCCUCCAUCUGAGAGUCACAGCUGUUUAUUUCAGCUGGUUUUUAUUUAUGGUCUUCGAAAAGUCUUCUGCAGGCUGCCAUUCUCAAAUAAUGACCUUGGCAAUGGCUGUUUCUUGGCCUCUCUGUGGGUGCCCCUCCCGUGACACGCUGUGCUUUCCUCCUGAGUACGUGGAAACCAGGCAUGAAGGAAGGACCAAAACACGAGGAGAACCAGCCCCGUGGGAUUGGCUGCACUGGUGGAGAGGGACACUCGUGUCAAAGGAAUUACACUGCUUUGGGAGCACAGGAUGUGUCACAGAAACCAGGGAAGGAGCUGCAGUCUCAAAUACCAGACUUCGGAAAACUGAAACCUGGAAUUACAUUUGUGGUCAGACUUCAGGCUCUGACCCCUCUUCUUUCAAUGGCUUGACUGUACAGGCUGGAAUCGAUACAGAUUUGGUCAUUGUCUAUGUACUUAUUUUUUAAAGACAGACUUAAAACACUGAAAUCCUAUUUUGGCUUCUACUUCUUUGUACACGUCUUUGCCAUGACAAGUACUGUUAGUUUUUUAAAGAAAAACUAAAGCUAUUUAUCCUUUUGCUUCCACACUUACUCACAGAAAAAAAUUUACUUCCUCAAGUCAAAGCUGGUGAAUCAAGUUGAGGUUUUGUCUUCAGGGACUCAGCACUGCUUCUGCAGGAAGCUGUACAGUUUAAAUUCCAGUGAAACCAGUCCUGUCACUGACUUUACCCUAAACUAACUGUAUUCUAGGUUUGUUUAUUUUUUGCCAUUUGCAUGUUUGUUACCCUGUUGGGACCUGCAGUAUCAUCUAGAGCAGAAUUUUUGUGUCUUUGCACUUAAUUUUUUUCCCUUAAAUAACAGUGUAAGUCUGUAAAAAUUAGAUCUAUAUUGUUUAAUAGGAUAUUGUGUCAGAACUGCUGGGCUGUACCACUGGAAUUGUACAGAGGAGUCUUAUUUUUCAGGAAAUGAACCAUAACUUCCCAUGCU